UUUUUCCAGGUUCAAUGACUCGUAACCGACAACGAACUCAUCACAACAUUAACAUCAAACAAAAUAGUAUUUCUACCAGCUUUCAUCGUCAACAAUUACUAGACAGUCAAUACUCUUUAAAUGAAGAAUCUAAAUAUUUUGAGGCAGAAUUAAAUGGAUAUUUGCUUCCUUUUUUGCAUAUUGAAGGAAUUAAUGAAUUUUCUUUCCCCUUCCCACUACAAAAAAUUAAUUCUUUUUUCCUUCAACAAUUAAUAUUAAGCAGAUUAAUUAUUCUUUUGUUUCAAUGUACAAUUAAUUUUGUGAUGAGGGAUAGUCCAACAGAUGCUUUUAAAGGAAUUAAUCGACCUGAAAAUAAUGAAGGUUCUUCUUUUGAUCUUUUUAUUUAUUCAAUUUUGGGUGGUUUAACAACUUGGGAUGCUCGACAUUUUUUACACAUUGCCGAAUUUGGAUAUAUUUGGGAAAGCAGUUUAGCGUUUUUUCCUCUUUUUCCAAUGACUCUUAAAAUUCUUGGAGGUUUUUUAAAUUUAUUUAUUGGAAAUUGGGUUUCUCUUUUUUCUUCAAUGCUUAUCGCUGGAACUUUGUUAAAUAAUGCACUUUUUGUAAUUAAUGGAAUGCUUAUAUUUCGUCUAACUUUAUUUUUGAAUGGAGGAAAUAUUAAAGAAUCUAUUUUGGCCGUCUAUCUUCAUUGCUGGUAUUUUUUUUAAAUUUUUUUGGGGGUGUCUCCAACAGUUCUGAUUCUCUGCCCGACGAUAAUUUUUAGGCGUUUCCCCAACCUUGAAGUCCGACAACUCUUUCUCCGACCCCCAAUUUCCUGAAA